CUUGCAGCACAGAUCUACAAACUGCUCAGUGGUUCCCAGAAUCUCGGUUCUGAGAUCGACCUUCUGAGCACCUCACUGGCUGCCAAAUUGCCAGUGCUAUUAGCGUGUGAUUAGAUUGCUUGGCUCUAAGCAUUAGAUAAUGCUGCACAGCUGGGCUCGCUCUGGACCUGGGAUGGCUCUGGACAUCAGCUGUUUCUUUUUAGUGUCCCUCUUCUCAGCCAGCUGCCAAGCCAUCACAUCCUCAGAUCAGAGGUGCACUGAGAAAGAAGCCAACAAAACAUACAACUGUGAAAACUUAGGUCUCAGCGAAAUUCCUGGCACUCUACCAAACUCAACAGAGUGUUUGGAGUUCAGCUUUAAUGUCUUGCCUACCAUACAAAAGACGACCUUCAGCAGACUCGUAAAUCUCACCUUUCUGGAUUUAACUAGGUGCCAGAUUUACUGGAUACAUGAAGAUACUUUCCAAAGCCAACAUCAGUUAGACACACUUGUGCUAACUGCAAAUCCCCUGAUAUUUAUGGCAGAGACAGCACUUAGUGGGCCUAAGGCACUGAAGCAUCUGUUCUUCAUCCAAACAGGAAUAUCCAGUGUUGACUUUAUCCCAGUGCACAAUCAAAAAGCCUUGGAAAGUCUCUAUCUUGGAAGCAACCAUAUUUCCUCCAUUAAGCUCCCUAAAGAUUUCCCAACAGAGAAGCUGAAGGUUCUGGAUUUUCAGAAUAAUGCUAUCCAUUACCUGUCUAAAGAAGAUAUGAGCUCUCUACAGCAAGCCACUAAUCUGAGCCUUAACCUAAAUGGAAAUGACAUUACAGGAAUAGAACCAGGGGCUUUCAAGUCAACUGUCUUCCAAAGUUUGAACUUUGGAGGGACUCACAAUUUGCUAGUUAUCUUCAAGGGUUUGCAGAACUCUACUAUCCAGUCUCUUUGGCUGGGGACAUUUGAGGACAUUGAUGACGAAGAUGUUAGUUCCUCCAUGUUUGAGGGUCUCUGCGAAAUGUCUGUUGGGAGCAUUAACCUACAGAAGCACCACUUCUUCAACAUUUCCUCCAACACAUUCCACUGCUUUGGUGGCCUCCAGGAACUGGACCUAACAGCCACUCACCUGAGAGAGUUGCCGUCUGGGAUUGUGGGACUAAGCAAACUUCAGAAAUUAGUUCUCAGUGCAAAUAAGUUUGAGAAGUUAUGCCAGAUCAGUGCUUCCAAUUUCCCCUCCCUUACUCACCUUUCCAUCAAAGGCAACACGAAGAGACUUGAGCUUGGAAUUGGCUGUUUAGAAAACCUGGAAAAUCUUCGUGAACUUGAUCUAAGCCAUGAUGACAUUGAAACGUCUGAUUGUUGCAACCUGCAACUCAGAAACCUAUCUCACUUACAGAGCCUCAACUUGAGCUACAAUGAACCCCUGGGCCUCAAGAAUGAGGCAUUCAAAGAAUGUCCUCAGCUAGAACAGCUAGAUUUGGCAUUUACCCGACUACAGGUUAAAGACGCAUCAAGUCCCUUCCAGAACCUCCAUCUUUUGAAGGUGCUAAAUCUCUCCCACUGCCUCCUUGACAUGAGCAAUCAGCAUCUCCUGGAUGGCCUGCCAGAACUCCAGCAUCUGAACUUACGGGGAAAUCACUUUCCAAAAGGGAAUAUCCAAAAGACAAACCCGCUUCAGACACUGGGAAGCCUACAAAUCCUGACCUUAUCCUUUUGUGAUCUCUCCUCCAUUGACCAGCAAGCCUUCACCAGCCUGAAGACAAUGAAUCAUGUAGACCUGAGUCACAACAGACUGACAUCCGCUAGCAUCGAGGCUCUUAGUCAUCUUCAGGGGAUCUACCUCGAUCUAGCCUCCAAUCACAUCAGCAUCAUCCUGCCCCAUCUCCUCCCCAUCUUGUCCCAGCAGAGGACCAUUAAUUUAAGACAAAAUCCCCUUGACUGCACUUGCUCAAACUUUUACUUUUUAGAAUGGUACAAAGAAAACAUGCAAAAACUUGAGGACACAGAGGACACCCUUUGCGCAAAUCCCCCAUUGCUGCGGGGAGUCAGGCUCUCCGAUGUCACCCUGUCCUGUAGUAUGGCAGCUGUGAGCAUUUUCUUCCUCAUUGUAUUCUUGCUCGUGUCUGCUGUUUUGUUGAUUUUUGCAGUGAAAUAUUUUCUCAGGUGGAAAUACCAGCACAUUUAGCUCAGGGUUUCCAGGGAAGGCAGAUAAAUCUGUUUAGCAAAAUUGUCCCAAGUGAAGAAACUGUCAUCCUUGAGUGACCACACUUUUCUAUUGGUUCCUAGGACUGGGCUGGGGAGGUUCACUGAACACUUGUGAACAUGUCUUACUCAUAUGAGUCUCCCAUGGUGCUGUACCUGGAGACACAGAGUCAAUUCCUCCAGUGAGAAGUGACCCACAAUUCCCAAAUUCCCAAUAGCAGCUCUACCCAUCUGAGAAAGAAGAGCAUUUACCACAACCAUCAUCACCUCCCCACCCACCCCUCUCACUUGCCCACCCCAGGCCCCACCCUGGCUUCCACCCCAAGCCCAGCCUCCACCAACUUGGCUAUGCUGAGGCCAACUCUGACCCUCCACUCUCUUUCUCUCACACUUCUGACAUUUUGCUUGGGGCCGAGCUUUCUGCCAUUGAGCCAUUUUGGAAAGUUAGGUCCCGGCAAAAUCUAAUGCUCAUUUUAAAUGACAAAAGAUAAAAAAUCCCAAACCAAAAACCAAACCAAACCAAACAAACAAAAAACCACAAUGAAUUUAAAAGAAAAGACAAAGUAAUAAAUUCUGCUCUCAACUAGCUUCUAUUAAUCAGCUCAAUUAUUUGCUCUCUGAGGUUUUGAGAAGCCCCUAGGGUGUGCCACAGAACAAAACUUGUAAAGCCUGGUCCCAGCCAUCCUUAAAGGUUAAGAGUUCAGCCAUUUCAUAACAAGGGGGGCUCCUCUUCCAUGACCUGGUAUUCUUGCUCUUUGGUUGCCGACUUAGAGGAGGGCUAAGGUCAAAACUGUUCUUUUUAUUAUCCAGGUUUCUGGUCCUUGAACCUCUCUCCCACAGGCACAGCGAGAACUAGCCUCUCAAAGCCUGUUAAUCCCUUUGGAGAAUAUUAAACACCUUCACAAUGGAACCUGUGGAUUUAUGUAUCACGGUACACUAGCUGUGGAGAACACGAUAAGGCCAGUUUACUGAGAAGUUACUGUUUAGUACAGGGUUAUUCCCAAGGGUGUAGCAAUGGCAGACAGUACGAGGCUGUUGAAAGCAGACAGACAGACAAAAACAAGAUAGUUCCCAAGUCUCAGAAUCCUUCUGGUGCAGGGUAGAUCAUCUAAAGUCUGAAUUGCUGGUUGAAACUCAGUUAUUGUACUAUUUAGUUACUGUUCUCUGAAUCCAGGGAUUUAAGCACCAAUAAAUUGGUAAUAUUUAAAAAAGAUUGCACAAAUUAUAUAUAUGUGUGUGUGUGUGUGUGUGUGUGUUUAUUUCAUGAUUCUCCAGAUAACAUCCCUAUCUACACAGUAUAUACCAUGUUUAGUAUUGUCAGUAGCCUAAACACAAAAAGUAUGUGGAAAGAUUGUGUGGGUUGUAUAAAAUUACUAUUUUGUUCAUUUUUGCAUAUAGGACUUGAAUAUUUGAGGAUUCUGGUAUCUGUGAGGACUCCUGGCCCCAAUUUCCCCAGGAAAACCAAAGAGCAGCUGCCUAAAGCCUUCAUUAAAUUUCAUAUUCAAUUUUAGGUUAGAAGUUAGCUAAUUCUGAAAUGCUGAUCAAAUGUCAAAGAAUAAUUGAUCGAUGGUAAUAUCUAUUCAGAAUGAUAAGCAUAGCCGGUCUUCUCUUCAACCCCUGGAAAGCUGCGUUAGGCAGGUAGCAGCUGGGAAGAACCUCUGUGCUACUUAGGGACUUCAGCCUUUCUUGCUUGGUCAUUCCUGCCUCUGGAAGUUCCUUCAGUCAGUCCUCAGAUUCCUGGGAUUUGUAGGCAUGGUUUCUUCUUCAGAGAGCGGCUUUUCUCUAUAGAGCCAACCCUAGUCCAAUGGUGAAUGGUGCCAGAUGCAGUGAACUCUCCAGCGCACCUUUAUUGUCCCUAUGGCCCUCCAAUGGCCAGACCACACCUGGGACUUGAUAAGGGUUCAGGGUGUGUGUGCUCAUGUUCAUUUGUGAAUGCUCAAGUCAAGGCCAGAUGGCAAGGUCAUGUGAGUGCUCCCCUAUCCUAUAGGAGACAGGAUCCCUCACUGAUUGAGGCACCACCCAAACCCCAGGGAUCUAUCCAUCUCCUCUCCGCUCCACUCUGCCCCUAUCCCCAGCUCUGGGUUACAAAUGCUCUGCCAGUCUUUUUACAUGGGUGCCAAGGAACUGGACUCAGUCUGCAGGCUUGUACAGAAAGCCUGUUCCUCAAGCCCCCACACAACCCUCAUGUUUUAUAGCUUGAACAAUUGCUGAGAUUUUGCAGGCCUCUGGUCCCUGAGCCCUUCUCAGUGCUUACUGCUAUCACCAACCCUGUUCCCACUUCUGCUAGGCUGUGGUCAGCAUUUCCAAUGCUUCCUGCACUGCACCUCCCACCUAUCUCUCACCAGAGAUACCCGGAGCAAUCUGUCAAUAAUGGAUUGCUAGCCAAGCCUCCAGUAAUUAGGAUAUCGUUAAGAUGAAGUUAAUUGCAGAGUCCUAGCCAAUGACUGAUCUCUGUAAUAGCCCACCCUACUCUUUCUGUUUUCCUCCCCCCCCCCCAUCUCAAAGUGUAGAUGGAUCCCACAUUCAGAAUGCUGCCUUAGAAAACACCAACCCAUUGAAUUCACUCUCUGUUCUGUCAGAUGUCAGCUGAUUCCUGACUUAGGGACAUAAGCUAAAGAUGGAAGAUACCUAGUGUGAAUCUACCACUCUGUGUAGUAGUUCAAAAGAAAAUGAUCCCCAUAGGCUCUACUACUAGAGCGGAACUACUAGAAGGUGUGGCCUUGAGGAAGUAGGUGUGGCUUUGAUGGAAGAGGCCUGAGAAACUCAAGGCAGCUCACUUUCUGUGACCUGCUGAUCCAGAUGUAGAAAUCUCAGCUCCACCUACAGCACUACGUCUAUCUGCCCACCAUGUUUCUUGCUGUGAUAAUAAUGGACUGAACCUCUGAAACUGUAAGCCAACCUCAGUUAAAUGUUUUCCUUUGUAAAUGUUGCAGUGGUCAUGGUGUCUCUUCACAGCAAUAGAAACCCUAUAGCCAUACCAUUUUUCUUAAUAUUAAUCUAUAACUUGGGAAACCCAAAGUGUCCGGUAGAAAAUCUCUGCUCCAGAUGCAUUCCACUAAAGGCCCCAACAUUUCAAGCCUUGGCAAGCCCUAGCUGCCCGUCUUGCUUUCACAUGUCAGGCCUGCCCCACCUCGUGCCCUGAGAGUUGCGGUACCAAAGCAGCACUGAUCUAAGGCCCACUGGCAGCUCCUCUGUAUUAAGCAACAGUAAAUUCUCCCCACAGAGUCAGGAAGGGAGCUUUUUGAUGACUGCUGUCAAUUUUAUUGCUUUAUCUGGUUACUAGGAUAGGAUCUGUAGACAUCGCGUGUUUAUUGGUUUUAUGUAUUGCAUGUUGUUGCUGCUCUGACAAGCUACCUAUAAAAAUGUGUUAUUAUUGCACGAUGUAGCCCAGUGAGCUGACCCUGCAUUUCAAAGUGUACUGAAGCAAAUAGCACGGAGGUCCAUAAAAGCUGACUGGCGUCCAUCACAAAGGACUCUGCGUGAGCUGCAGCUCCUAUAAUCCAGGAAAGAAUUAUACCCUUUCCUGUAGCAGCAGCCGUCGCUUUUAACUGAGCCCAGCACACUCCCAAGCACAGGCAUUAUCUGAAACAUUCUGGGACGGGAUGCUUUAUAUUGCUCUGAUUUGUCCAACUCUCUGAGAAGACAAAGUACAGUUUUGAAGUUUACAAAAGUGUGAAAUAACCGGCUUGCUGGUAUGAUGUUAGCAGAGCAGGCUAGUGGAACUACCAACAGCAUUUUCCUUCUUCUCUGAUGCAGAAACGGCACUUGAAUUACAGCAAUAGAAAGUGGUUAUCUCGAAGCUGGACAUGUUAAGAGUGUGAUUGUCCAGCACAGUGGGAGUUAGCUUGUGGCACAGAGUAAAAAACUAGCCCACGACAGCUCCCAAGCCUAGUUGAACACCAGAGCCACCUGGAGAAUUCCUGACAAAACAGAAGUCUUCAACCUACCUCUGUAUAUUGGCCCCUCACUCCCCACCAAAUAAUUUUACAAAAAAUCAUUUCUAAUCUUAAUUUUAGCAACCAACACCAAAAGCAUGUUAGGCUCCAUGAUUCAGAUGAGCUAGAGAUUUCAUUCACCAGGGGAGGAAGUUUCUUUCCAAAAAUUGGACAGAUGUGAUUGGCACUUCCAAGGUGCAACAGCCUGUCAGGCAUGACUGUCUCUCUUGCCAUCACAACUGGGCUGUGAGACACUGCCUCUGAGGCUGUGCUGUCUCUUAGUCUUUCUUACCCAGUCCUGCCACUUGCUAACAGCUUAAAAGUGAAAUAUUGAAUUGAGUACUAUAAAACUCAAUUGUUGAUAAAGUCUCUUACUCUGUCUUCUAGACUGGCCUCAAAUCAUUAUCUUCCUGCCCACCUCCUGACCUCGGAAAUAUAAUGUACAUUAGCAUAUCCCAUUUGGUCUACGUGCUCUCUAAAUAACUUGGGUGUCCCUUAAUCAUCUCUUAGAAAAACCUAAAUGAAUAAUCUAGCUAUUAGUGAUAGACAGGGGGUAAAGUAAAUUCGAGGAUGUUCUGAAUACAUGGGGAGAGAUUCCAUGUCCUUAGAAGGAAGAACUUAAUUCUAUCAGAAUAUGUUGAUUUAGAUAGAAAUCAGAGGAAUAAAUAUCAAAAUAAGAUAAACAUUAAUAUCAGACUGACUAAAAGAUUAAAAAGUGAGGCUGGAGAAAGGGUUUGGAUGUUAAGAGUCCCUGCAGUUCUAUCAUGAGGACUGCAGUCUGGAUCAAUCAGGUGGCUCACCAAUACCUGUAACUCCAGCUCCCAGGGAGCUGAUGUAUGCUAGGCCAUCUGCAGGCACUCGCACACAAAGGUCCACAUAUACUCACACAGACACACAUGCGUAAGUAAAACUAAAAUGAAACUUGUUUUGAUAAAAGUCAAAGGCUAGAGUAGCAAGGGGGUCAGGGUGGGCUUAUAGACACUAUAUGCCAUACUUACAGUUAUCAGUAAACUGGUCAGUCCUAUAACUAUAUGACACUAACCAGUCAAAAUUAAAUUACAUGGCCUGAAACUUCUCCUCUGGGGUUAUAUCCCAAGAAAGCUUCAUAUAUCUGCAAAGACUUCCCUCCCAGCAUUAGUGAUGAAGGGAGAGAUUCGCAGCAAUUUGAGAAUUCAUCACUAGGAAAGUAUAUAAGUUAAAUGGGGGAAGAUGGAUAUGCCAGAGGACAUUGGACAGUUAGUUAGAGGUGAUGGGUUAGACAGACCAUAGAGGAAUUUUAUGGUAAAUACCUUUAGACAAAUUAAGUUUAGACAAAUUGAAUGUGGCAGAGUAUCUUUGAGCAAAGAAGGAGUCAUGAGUUGGAUAUACUUCAGCUGUGGUGGCUCAGGGAACUGCACCCAGCGCCGUGAGAUUUAUGAGCAGUACAGGCCAGUGACAUACAGAAAGAGCUUGAUUGGUCGCAGCUGUCUUUGCCUUAUUUAGGUUAGGUAUCAUGAAGACUUUGCCUUGUGUGAACAUAGCAGCUUGUUAUUGGCUGGCGUUCAGAUGCUCUGACUGACUACAGCCUGGUUACGUACAUGGGUGUGUUCUUGGGUAGGCUGCAGUCCGUUUGCCUUCAAACUUAGGCUGCAGUUGUUGUCCAAUGGCAAAUCUAUACAGGGAGUGGAGGGAGCUCUGAGUGGGGGCGGGGGCGGGGUGCUGUGAACAUGGGCCCAGCCAUGCCCAGAGAUCCAGCUGCAUGGAGAAAUGGCCAAGUCUUCACAUCCUCAUGAGCAACAUGAGGUUCAACCUUUGUCCAGUCCAAGUGGGAGGCCGAUGGUGUGUGCACAACAUGUCUACCAUACCUUUAUCCUCCUGUAUGUUUACUGCCUGAAGACUGCUCCCCCUACAGAGAAAGGCUCUCUCCCUUUCUCUCCCUCUCUCUGUCCGUCCCUCUCUCCCCUUCUCCCCGCUCCGUUCUCUCUUACCCACAGUUCACAGCAUACAUGACAUGAAAUGUGUACUGUCAUAAAUAA